UUGUUGCACAUAAACUGAUGAACUUUCACAUUCACUCGGAAAACAAAAAACCUCUCAUUUCUUCACUAAAUUCUCCUGUCAAAUCAAAGAUCGAUGAAUCGCCACAGGGUCCAAUUGCUCUCACCUCCGUCUCCACUACAGUUGCCUACCUCGUCGCCGUCUAUCGCAGCUCUUCGCUCCAAAUUCUCGCGGAUUGCAUCUCAACACGAGCAACUCAAAAUCGCUUUCAACCACCUCAACUUUCAGAUUAGAACUGGUUUGCAUGAAGCCGAGGAUGUGUUUGCGUCUCUGGCGAUUCCAUUGAUGAAACUUGUUGGCUUGAAGACUGUCGAGAUGGCCGAAGAGGGAAAAUUCAGUACAAUUAUAAUUGAUAAUUCUAGUUCUUAUGCUCAAAGAAAUGAGAUUGGAUCAGAAACAGUUUCAAGAUCAGAUGGAGCAUAUAAUAUUCCCAAUACUGGUAAAUUUGAGGAAGAAAACUAUACAGCCAAAGCCAUAACAGUUGGCAAAGAGUUGAUGCUGAAACAAAAAAUGCAACUAAUGCAAUUGGUCCACUUGCUCAGACAAGUUGAAGCCCAAGUCAAAUCUAGCCACAAUGAUAUCCUUCUGACCUUUAAUGACAAUAGGGCCUCCAUACAAAAAAUUUUCCAGAAAGCAGUUGCAUGUGUUUCUGCCGUUCAUGAAGAGAACAAUCGCACCAGUUUUCUCGUGCUUAAUCUUCUUAAGUUUAUAUUUGAACAUGUUGGUGCCGCACUUGGUUCGGUAAUACAUGGAGUUGAAGUCUUCAUGCAUGACCUGACUUCAAAUAUGUGUAAUCCAAUGGUAGAGUAUGCCAAGGGGUUAAAAGCUGAAGUGACUUCUGGAUCAUGCCUUCGCCUAUUGGCCACAGUGGAAGAGAUGGGAGGAGUAAUGAGAACAAGGACACUUGAAUUGGAGGAAGCAAGAAAGAAAAUGAGGGUAGCAGAAGAGAGUAGACUUGUGGCAUUGAGCAAGUUGAAGGAAUCAGAAGAGUUUGUUAGAAAAAUGAGCACACUCCGUUCUUUCCUUUCAGAAUCCAAUAAAGCAUCUGAGGAACAUCCUUCACAACAAAAGCUUGCAUGUCUUGAAGACUGCCAAGGUAAAGAUGAGAAGCUGCUGUGGGAGCUACUUAAAAAGAAAAGGAAAUACAAAGCACCAAUGUCUCCACUUGGAGCCAUAGGGAUUUUUGACAUGGGAAGCAGUGGCAGAAAUCUUAAAUCAAUGAGGGUGAUGAGGCCAUCAAUUCAUACCAGGAGAACCUCAGAAAUGCUGAGUCCACAAACUCCAUGUAUGGUUCCUUUGAUCCCAUUGGACUCCUCACCUUCCAUGUCAAGGAAAAAUUUAUAACGUAAUCAGAUGACAUCCUUAUUCCUGGCUUCAUUUGAAAGAGUAGGUGCGCAACUUGUUAUCUUAUCAUUUUCAUUUCUCUUUUUACAUAGUUGCAUAUAGACAGUAUAUAAAUAAGUAUGUUCUGAACUUCUGCUGUUUGAUUAAGUACAAAUAUCAACAACGGUGCACACAAAUAUUCCAGCACCUUUU